AUCGUUUUUCUCAAUGUAGUCUUACCAAGUGCAUCAGUUGUUUCGUGCCUACGGGAGAGAGAGAAAGAGCCUUCCAAGUUCAUCAAAUACCUUGCACCACAGCGACUUACAGAGAAGCUCCUCGCUGUGCCACCAAUCAGACCGUCCCGGCCGAGUGCUCUCGGACCGUCCUGACCACCGAUCCCCUCCGAUAGUCUCAUCGCCUCAAUUGGACCAAACACCGUCAUCAUGAAGGCCGAGGAGCUCCAGACCCUCCCCACCGCCCUGGCCGGCGACUUCAAGUCGAUCGAGCCUCACCUCCGCGCCCUCGACAAGCACCUGACGCUGCGCACCUUUGUCGAGGGGUACUCGCUGGGCGAGACCGAGACCAAGAUCUGGCAGACCCUGAAGCUGAACAAGGUCGCCAUGGGCUUCAUUCGCAAGGGAACUAUGGCCAACCUUACUCGUUGGUUCACCUUUGUCGAGGUCACCUACCCCGAGAUCCAGGCCGAGACGAACGCUGUUGAUGCCGAGCGCAAGGCCAAGGUCGUUGCCGCUAGCAAGAAGGGUGCAAGCUACUCUCUGGCUCUCCAGAACGCCGAGGCCGGAGUUGUCACCAGAUUCCUUCCCGAGCCUUCAGGAUACCUUCACAUCGGUCACGCCAAGGCCGCCCUUCUCAGCGACUACUUCGCCCACGAGGCCUACAAGGGCAAGCUUCUGCUGCGUCUUGACGACACCAACCCCGCCAAGGAGAGUGAGGAGUUCCAGGAUGCCAUCGUUGAGGACUUGAAGAUGAUGGGUAUCACCCCCGACUCCCUUUCCUACACCUCCGACUACUUCGACUACCUGUACGAGACUUGCGUUCGCCUCAUCAAGGAGGGUCACGCCUACGCCGACGACACCGAGCAGGAGACGAUGCGUAACGAGCGAACCGACGGAAUCGAGUCCAAGUGCCGCAACCGCUCCGUCGAGGAGAACCUGCGCAUCUUCGAGGCCAUGAAGGAGGGUACCCCCGAGGGUCUGAACAACUGCAUCCGUGCCAAGAUCUCCGUCGACAACGUCAACAAGGCCCUGAGAGAUCCCGUCAUCUACCGCUGCAACGUCGAGAACAAGCACCACCGUACCGGUGACAAGUGGAAGAUCUACCCCAUGUACGAUCUCGCCUGCCCCGUUGUCGACUCUCACGAGGGCGUCACCCACGCUCUGAGAUCGACCGAGUACACUGACCGCAACCCCCUUUACCAAUGGUUUAUCGACACCCUGAAGCUGCGCCAGGUCUACAUGCACGACUUCAGCCGUAUCAACCUCGUCCGCACCUUCCUGUCUAAGAGAAAGCUCGCCAAGAUCGUCGCUCAGGGCACCGUCUGGGGCUGGGACGACCCCCGUAUGCCCACCAUCCGUGGUGUGCGCAGACGCGGUAUGACCAUCCCCGCCCUCCGCGAGUUCAUCAUCAAGCAGGGCCCCAGCCGAAACGUCGUCAACAUGGACUGGGCGUCGUUCUGGAACAUCAACAAGAAGGUCAUUGACCCCAUCGCUCCCCGCCACACUGCUAUCCUGGAGAAGGACGCCGUCAAGGUCAAGGUCACCGGUGCCGACGCACCCGCCACUCCCCGCACCGAGGACAAGCCCAAGCACCCCAAGAACCCCGACGUCGGCACCAAGAAGGUCGUCUUCUCCAACGAGCUCAUCCUCGACCAGGCCGAUGUCAAGAGCUUCAAGAAGGACGAGGAGUUCACCCUCAUGGGCUGGGGCAACGCUUUUGCCCGCGAGAUCGGCGCCACCGACCCCAUCACCGACCUCAGCGUCGAGCUCAACCUCAAGGGCGACUUCAAGACGACCGAGAAGAAGGUCACGUGGCUUUCGACGGCCGGCACCAAGCUCGUCAAGGCCGAGCUCUGGGACUUUGACUACCUCAUCAACAAGGACAAGCUCGAGGAGGACGACGUGCUCGAGAAGGUGCUCAACCCCAACACGUCGACCAUGGAGACGGCGUUGUGUGAUGCUGGCGUUGGUGAGCUGAAGAAGGAUGACAUUAUCCAGCUCGAGAGACGGGGCUUCUACCGUGUGGACAAGGGUCUGGAUGAGGGUGACGUGGUUGUUCUGUUCAACAUUCCCACUGGCAAGGCCAAAUAAGUUAUUUCGCUGUUUCAUUUUGUAGGAAGAUUCAGGCCAUGAAAGACAUGAAGAAUUGAAGUAUGAAGUAAAAGCUUGAUCUGUCCACUUUGACUCUUGAAACACCGUGACCGUAUCUGUACCAAAAAUCGCAGAAGAGAUACUCAUGUGAUGUAUGUGAUCAUCUGGUGCUUGUUGUGUGUCGCUCGAUAGCUUUAUCAUGCGAAGCAGAAAUAAAAACAAGCAGAGUUACACGUUUCGCCGAGAAACGAAUAUCCUAAAAGGAUCAAAUGGAAUUCGGGAUUACAGGGCAUGAUGUUGAGCAUAAGCUAGCUAUAAGCCAUACUUUAUCAACUGUCCAUUUCGUCGACAGGAUAGCACAAGCGGGUACUCGAGUUGUAUGGACGGACUAUUUGUACCCG